UUGUCCCGAUAAGACGUAUGUGUGGUUUUCCAAUUUGCUUACAGGCCGGACGCUUUCACCGGGCAACACAGAAAUACAACUGCAACACACAAUGUGCGAGGCACCCAUGUUUCACACCUACUAUGCGCCUGCUCUGUAACGACGACGAAGCAUAUAUAGGUAGCUCAUCAAAACUAGCUCGUCUUGAAAAGUGUCUUUCCAGUACACAGCAAUAACGACGUUAGCUUAGCAUAGCAUCCGGUACAUUUUCCAGUAACACUCGGAUCUAAAAACGAUAUGAAGGGGUGGAUGUGACAGUCAUAUCGUGUGCCUUAAUCGACCAGCGUUAAAGUGGAAGUUUUUAUUUUGAAAAAAAGAAAAAUGUUCAACGGUGGUUUACCGGCACGUUUAUGUUAGCCUGCUAAUGCUAGCUAACUAGCAGUCUGGCUAAAAGGAAUACAAGUCACCAGACUGAUAGGAAGCAGCCAAGAUUAGGGUGAACUUGAAGCAAUGGAUGGCAACUUGGAAGCCACCUCGGAGCGAAUUCUGCUGGAACCGUACAAGUACUUGUUGCAAUUACCAGGAAAGCAGGUGAGGACAAAACUAUCCCAAGCAUUUAACCACUGGCUCAAUGUUCCAGAGGACAAACUGCAGGUGAUCAUCCAGGUGACUGAGAUGCUGCACAACGACAUCAAACGAUACUGUGUGGACUACCUGGAGAAGGUAGGCUCCUUUGCCUACACCCGUCAGACUCUGCGAGACCUGGAGGCGGAGGUCUACCGCCUCAUUGGGGAGUUUGGGGGAAACCCUCAACUGGAGAGCCUUGUCAAACACCUCAGCCAAAUGCACCGUGAGGCUGAAGCCACAGCAGAGUCCAGUACUGAGCCAGACUCCAACCAAAACCACUGACCUCAUCCACCAUGGCUCACAUUCUAGCCCUGCACACUCCACUAGCACAGAAGCUUUGCUAAUACUCUGAUGCAGAUAUAUACAUAUAACCAAAAGCUCAAAACACAUACCAGUAUGGUAAAUUCAAAACAUUCAUUGAGUUACAAUUCAUCAUUAAACUUGGGAAUUCUGGUAGACAGCUCUGACUGCAUUCAGCAGCCAUGUACGAGCCAGCAAAGCAGCUCCAAAUGUUGCCUUUCUGUUUUGUGUGCUAGAUGGCAACCUUCAAGUGUUGCGUAACAAAAUACACAUACCAAUUUUUGUAUCCAAUUGUAGCUUUUCAGUCAGUGGAA